AUGGCCCAAGACAGCAAGUCACCGACUAUCACAACUCAUGUCAAGCUUGAAGAGCAGCCAACUGCAAAGCUCUCAUCACCGACGAUGCAAGCAAUUUUCACAUUGCCUCUAUAUUGGUCCUUGAUGAGUCUCCAUUACAGAAAUCCUCUUAAGCGCAAGACGCCACCUGUCGACGACAGCAGCGCUGAACAUAAUGGCGCCACCGCUGUCGUCCUAGAUGACGGCGAUAGUGGGUCUGCAGACGGCGAUGCUAACGAGCGGGACGACAUUAGGAAUAAGCCUCGUGGGACUAGCUCUCCUCCGCCGUUUCAGGAACGCCCAGGCGAAUACGAAACCGGGCGCAUAGACUGUCCAUCAUGUCACAAGCAGGUCGCUUUCCGGGACGAAGAGACUGGUGCUUUCAGUGCUGGCCAGAAUCAGGCAGACUCAAAUCGCUCCCCGCCGCCCGCUCGAUUUACUCAUCAAACCUCCACUGCCCCUCAGAAACUAGUGGCGCAGAACAUGAAUUCAUAUCGUCCAGGAGCCGACGAUCUCUUUCCUGCUAUAAUGGCCCAUCCACCAACCAAGCGACGCCGAGCAAAGCGUACUGAAGAAGAACGAAUCACAUAUCUCGAUGCAGACCCAUAUGUCGCCAAGUUUGAAGCAUACCGUGUAUUAUGUGCUAGCUGCGACAAAUGGAUCAGACUAAGGCCCAAUUCGACCUAUUGUAGUAUUCCGUGGGAUGCUCACAGGAAAAGCUGUUUGAGUAAGAAAAUUUCCAAUAAGAAUACGUAUGCCCUCGACGAACGCAACUCUCUAUUUUCUAAGGACCCCGAUGUGCGUAAAUUCGACGCCGAACGCGUUCUAUGUGCGGUCUGUGACCGAUGGAUCGCUAUCAAUUCCGAGGAUCACUUACAGGCUGUUCAGACAUGGCUCAAUCAUCGCGGAGACUGUGCGAAACGAGCAGCAGCAGUAGUUGGUGUCGCAGGACCUGGACCGAGCAGUAGCGGCUCUCCUCGUCCGCGUGAUUUUCGCUCUAACGUCCCACCCCCUCCAUCUCAUAUGCAAAGGCCUGGCCGUCUUCCCCAUUCGCGUCCUUCGUCGCCCCCUCAUCACGAUAUGGAUCCUUACCGUCAUCGCCACCAAAUGCACCACCCCUAUUCACAGUCUGUCGUACGUAGAGACAUUCCUAUGUCUGGCGAUAGAGACGUUCGCACCAGAAACCAUAGACCGGAUGACUCGAGAGUCAAGGUAGAGUUCCGAGAGAGAGAAAAUCAACAGCCCGUAAACACAGAUGCAGACGCAGACGGUGAUUUAGAUGCAGAUGCAGACGGAGACCCCGAAAGCGACCUUGAUGGCAGCAACCAUAUUCGAGUCGUCGAUCUUUCUCGUCCUCCUGGUCAAAUUCACAUCUCAGAGACUCAUAAUAACGAUGAGGAACAUUCGACUUCUAUUGUACUUUCACACCAGGCAGGCUCCGUUGCUCCCCCACUAGACACUUCUGCCCCCUCCACCGAAGGUGGCUCACAGUCCGAACCCAUUAUGUAUUCUCCUGCUGCUGGAAUAUUCCCCCCAGGCCCUGCACAUGAAUCCAGGCGGCGCAAUGCUGAGCAGCGUGCUGCAACCUUACGUGCGGACACACUCAUCAAGCAUGUGGAACCGAAUAGAGUUUUCUGCAGCCUGUGCGAAAAAUGGGUUCAGUUGCGCCAAGACUCCAGCUUUUGCGCUUACCCGUGGUUUCAGCAUCGAGGAAAAUGUUUGGCACGGUAUCAACGACGAGCGCAGAAGGCAGCCGAGAUUGAAGAUAUCAAAAAGAGGCGGACAACAAGUGGCACAAGUGCACAAAGCAUUCAUGCGCAUGAUCCACAGCGCUAUGCUCCUCCUCCGCCAUACCCUCCUCGUUCCCAUCAUCUUUACCAUCCGUCGACCUCCCACCACCCUCAUUACACGUACCCCGCACAUCCUCCUCAUCUAAUGUAUCCUCAGGGAGGUCGUCUGGUUCGAGGACCUCAUCCUCACAACGGUGGUGAGGAAGAUGAACUGGCAUAUUUCUCUGGAUCGGACCAAGGCCGUAGUGACGAAGACGAUAUCCCCUUCAAUUACCGUGGACUCUCGGCAUCUGCGUCUCCUGAUUCGGAGGGAAGAUCAGUGUCGGUAGGAUCCAGGGCGUCGCAUAACGAAAGAUCAGGCCUUGAGUAUGCGACGGAGAAUGCCGAUUAUGUGCAUUCAAGGACACAAUUGCGGGAGGAGGCUGAAAAUACUGAACCCGACGCUGAUUCGAACGUUGUCGAUAGCAACGCUCGUCCUAAUGGGGAGACUCGAGGUGAAAGUAGCGGAGACAAGAUCGAAAAGGAAGUUGGCGCCGAGGGUGAGAUGAAUGGAUCAGGGGAGGCAAACAAGCAAGGCCCAUCUACGAGUCAAACUCAAAGUCAGCCUUCGACACCCGGUAGUCGUCCCUCGAUUUCAAUGAGACAUCGUCCUAUCGCGCCUCGAGACACGCCCAUUCUCGUACAACAUCCUGAUUCUCGUGCCGAAAUGAACGUCAAUGAGGGUCAGCACCGUCGAACUCAUUCUAGUCAUUCUCUUGUUCCUGUUCCUCCGCGUGUGUUAAAUCAACACCACAAUACUAACGGUGUAUCUGGGAUGUAUCGCCCCUUGCAACAGCAGCGAGAAAGAGAAUACAUAGGAGAGUACAUGGACUCACGGAACAACCGCCUCAAUGCACAUUCGUACGGAGGGAAAUUAUCUCGAGAGAAAUCCGAUCGAGCUCACCAAGGACACUCACAAAACCGGUCUCAUGGGCCGUACGGAAAUGGACCAUUACCCUCGCAUACAUCGGGUCCUGCUUCUGGAAGAGGUGUCUUGGCUGAUUUAGAUUCGCAUGCCGGAAGGAAACAGUUUGUCUCACACUCGAUUGCCUACCUAUUCCAGACGACGUACGAUUGCUCCCCGUGCUCUUCUGAUGAACUUUCGAUUUCCGCUUUGGUGGCGUACCUCAACGCCGCCAUGCCUAUGGAUAAACAUGAGGACUUCGAUACCGCCGAAGUGGUGAGAUGUGUUGGGGCACUCCGAGAGAAGGGUAGGGUUCUUUUGGAGGGCGAUGUCGUUCGGAAAGUUAGGAAGGAGUGA